AUGAAAAAUGAGCCUGUAAAAACGUUGUCCCUUUUGGCUACCUCGGCCCCGCCGCCAACUUUUUCGAAGGAUCUCAGAGUUUCCGAAACUCAGAAUCUCAGAAUUUCAGUAUUUCAGAAUUUCAAAAUUUCAGAAUAUUCUAUAAUAGUUCACCUUUCUAUUCCUCAUAAUCCACUAUAUAAAGUGCACAAUUCAGUUCCAGGUACUAACUAUUUCCAGCUGACUUCUCUCGAAGAAGGGGAUCCCAUAUAUUUUUUCGCUUCUCACGGAAGAGGAGGGAUAGAAAACAUAAAAGUGCACGACGAUCAUUGGAGCAGAGUGAACUCCAACUGA